AUGGAGCACAAAAACUCUCAAAUACAGCAUCGUACCUGUUUGAAAAAUGAUAAUUUGCGGUGCUUUCGGGCAUACCUCAAUGUACAUGUAUUUAAAAUACGGCACGAAGCUUCUUCAAAACUUCCCAUCGUGACUACCUUAAAAAUGCUUUCCAAAAUGCUUAAAAUGUUUCACAGUCGUCUUGAUUUAAAAACGCGACCGACAAAUCGGGACAGAAUAUGGUACUCAAUAUCCAAUCAUAAAAUUGGUCCCGAAGCUUAA